AUGGUUCUUCAAUAUCUGAGAGGGAAGUCUUAUCUGCAAACAAGGGAAGACUUUCAGAACCCAGGAAGCAUUUGGCCUCCCACUACUCUUAUUCUUCAUUUCUCAGUCAAUCGGAUUCAAAAUCAGAGAAAGAUGGGAUUGUGUACUGAACUUAACAUUCUCUGUCUCUUUGGGCUAUGGCUGAUGCUGCUUCUUGGGCUUUCUUCUUCACUUCCCUUAUGCACUGACUCAACUGCACCUCUUACUCCAAAGCAGCCUCUUACCUUCUGCCCUUAUAAUGGGAAAGUCUGUUGUAGUUCUUUCAAAGAUUUUCAGUUGCAGAGACAGUUUCAGUCAAUGAACAUCUCAGAUCCUGCCUGUGCUUCUAUUAUGAAAUCAAUUCUCUGCGCGAAUUGUGAUCAAUUCGCAGCCCAGCUAUUUGAAACUGGUUCUAAGCCAACUCGGCGAGUUCCUGUUUUAUGCAACUCCACCAUUUCAGCAUGUUCAACUCAAUCUAGCAGUGCAGCAAAUAACUUUUGUGGAAAGGUCUGGGAUACAUGCUUUAAUGUGUCCAUGAAUUAUUCUCCUGUCACUCCUUCACUUGAAGAUAGUUAUGGAGAACCCUCUAGUUCCACUUUUUCUAAACUAACCGAUCAAUGGAAUUCAAAAAGUGAUUUCUGCGAAGUACAUGGUGGAGCUUCUGGUUAUGAUUCAGUAUGUUUUGCUGGUGAUCCUGUUUCACUAAACAAUAAUUCUACUGUGAUUCCUCCCAGUGGUUUAUGCCUUGAGAAAGUUAGUAAUGUAACUUACACUCAUAUGGUUGGUCAUCCUGAUGGAUCUAACCGCGUUUUCUUAACUGAUCAAAUAGGUAGAAUAUGGUUGGCUACUGUUCCUAAAAUGGGAUCUGGGGAAACAUUAGUACCUACUCUGUUUCUUGAUUUAUCAGACAAAGUUUAUUCUGAUUACCUGUUAGGGUUAAUGGGUAUUGCAUUUCAUCCCAACUUUGUCCAAAAUGGUCGAUUCUUUGUUUCGUUCAACUGUAAUAAGACUAAAUGGGGUGGAUGUUCUGGGAAGUGUUCAUGUAAUUCAGAUGUCAACUGUAAUCCUUCAAACUUUACUUCUACUUAUGGGUUUCCUCCAUGCAAUUACUAUUCUGUUAUCUCAGAAUUCACUGCGAAUGGCACCGCAUCGGCACCUUCAUUGGCAACAGUGGGUAACCCACUAGAAGUUAGAAGGAUAUUUUCUAUGGGUCUUCCUUUUGAAAAUAAUCAUGGGGGUCAGAUUCUCUUUGGACCUUCGGAUGGAUAUUUGUACUUAAUGAUGGGAGAUGGUGGUGGUUAUGGUGAUCCUUACAAUUUUGCCCAAAACAAGAAAUCUUUGCUUGGAAAGAUUAUGAGGUUCAAUGUGGAUGAGAUUCCAAGUGCAACACAAAUAAAUGAACUUGGUCUAUGGGGAAAUUAUUCUAUCCCCAAAGACAAUGCAGUUUAUGAAGACUAUGAAUUACUACCUGAAAUUUGGGCUUUGGGACUAAGAAAUCCUUGGCGUUGUGCUUUUGAUCCAAAGAGGCCUUCCUAUUUUCUCUGUGCAGAUGAUGGCGAGGAUACCUAUGAAGAGGUGGAUCUUAUCACAAAGGGUGGAAACUAUGGAUGGCGUGUUUAUGAAGGUCCUGUCCCUUUCAAUCCUUCUCAAUCUCCUGGUGGAAAUACAUCUGCCUACUCAAUAAAUCCCAUCUUCCCUGUAAUGGGAUAUUACCACUCUUCUGUAAAUCAGAACCUAAAUUCAAGAGGGGCUCCAGGAGGGGAUUCAGGAGGGGCGGCGAUCAUAGGUGGCUAUUACUAUCGGUCAUGGACCGAUCCAUGCAUGUAUGGAAGGUACAUAUAUGCAGAUUUUUAUGGGGAAGCUAUAUGGGCUGGAACUGAAAACCCAGAGAACAGUGGAAACUUCACUAGCAACCUGAUUCCUUUCGGUUGUGCUUAUGACUCCCCAAUCCAAUGUAGUAUCAUUCCAGGAAGUCCUAUCCCUGAUUUGGGUUACAUUUACUCAGUUGGGGAGGAUAACAAUAAGGAUGUCUAUAUUUUCACCAACAGUGGUACAUAUAGAAUUGUUGAUCCCAGUCGCUGCAACUACAUUUGCUCGAAUGUUAAUUCAGCUGCAGUUGCUGGUCCCUCAAAUUGCCGUUAAUCU